CGGCCGUGAGUAUGUUUCGAGGCGACAGCGAGAGCGAAAUGACAUGCCGAUGCCGCCGCCGCCGCCCCAACUCGUCGCCGCCGCCGGCGCUGGAGGAUGACGACCUCCUCGCGGAGAUCCUCCUCCGCCUUCCCCCGCAACCGUCCUCCCUCCCGCGCGCCUCCCUCACCUGCAAGCGCUGGCGCCGUCUCAUCCGCGACCCCGGCUUCCUCCGCCGCUUCCGCGCCCACCACCGCUCCCGCGGCACUGCCCCCGUCCUCGGUUUCUUCACCAAGGAAGACAGUGGUAUAUCCUUCCACCCUACCCUGGAUCCCCCCAACCGCGUCCCGCCCGAGCCCUUCCGCUUGCAGAUCACCGGCAGCCUGCUCAACUGUCGGAUCGUCUGCUGCCGCGACGGCCUCGCGCUGCUUGUCAACGUGCAUCCGGGCAAGGUACUGGUCUGGGACCCUGUUACUGGCGACCGGCGCAGCCUGCUCCUUCCCCAGGUUUUCCGCAACAUGGACAAGUUCUACAGCGGGAUGGUGCUUCGCUCUGCUGCUGCUGUCGGAGAUGUCGACCCUUUCCAGUUCCAGGUGGUGCUCGUGCGAUGCAUCAAGGGACCUCAUGCGCGAGCGAUUGCUUGUGUUUACUCCUCGGAUACCCGCGCAUGGGGUGAUCUUGUUCAGAUAUCGACGCCGCUUCUACGCACACUUUCUGUGGCCAGGUCGGGCGCCUUGGUUGGGCGUUCGCUUUACUGGUCGCUUUAUGGGAAUUCGAGUAAUGCCAUCCUUGAGUUUGAUUUGGAUAGGCAGAACCUAGCUGUGAUUCCAUUACAUAUGGAGGGAUGGAUUAUGUCCGCAGAGGGUGGUGGACUUGGCUUGGUCUCUGUUUCGGGUCAGAGAGCACAACUAUGGAAGAGGGAGACUGAUUCUGAUAGUGUAACGACAUGGUGCCUGACAAAAACGAUUCAUCUGAACAACCUUCUUCCCACGAUUUCAUGGGAUAGACUGAUCGUAGACUUCAUGGACGAAAGUAAUAUGCUGAUCAUGGGGACACUUGACGGUAUUGGUAUCUUCACGGUCCACACGGAGUCAAUGCAGUGCAAGCAACUUCCUGUAGAGUUCAAAAUAUUACCCCGCGUGUUUAAACCAUUUGCCAGCGUCUAUACUGCAGAAAUGGGCGUUGGUGCUGAACAUGCUGGAGCUGAACUCUUGCACAAUAGAUAAGAUGAAUGUCUGGUUAGAUAUGCUAUUCUGAUGCAUUGGGUUAGCAGUUUCUUCGAUGUUUUUCACGGAAGUUGUUGGCUCAUAUAAUAUUCUUAUGUGGCCAUGAUGACAUUGACCACAUGAUCAAAGUUGUUGCCUCCUUAGUUGUUGACCACAUGAUCAAAGUGGCAUGACUAGAUUCGACAUAAAAAAUGGCAUUGCCAUUUUCACAUUUUUAUGUUUACCAUUGCAAGUAAAGUAGUGGACACGUUGUGUUUGUAGUAAUACUGUACAGGGUGGAGAAACUGAGUCAAUUUUGGACAGAAGGAAAUACCAUGAUAGGCUUCUUCUAUGAUUCUUUCGACUUAUUAGUAACUUGUUAGUAAUUGGAAUUCUAAAAAGUUGGCCUAUGAGGUAGGCACGAUAUUUUUCUGCUAUCUGGUCCAUGAGAUUUUCAUGUGGCCAUGAUGACAAACAAUAUAGACAGUACUUGCCUCUCAUGGAGGCAUGUAAACCUCUGAUUUUUUUAGGUUUUAGCUUCUACUGAGCUCUGAUGUGGCCAAAAAACUUGAGAACAUGUCAGCACUAUAAGAUGAAUUUGUUCCAGGAUAGACUAAUUAUACUCAUUUUACUUCUAUCUCUCAUUCUAUUGUUCGUUUUGUAUAAUGGUGCGGAUACGAUUCAACCUUGGGAUUUUAGUAUAAGCUGCACAAUGAACUUGAUGUGUAUACUGUUCGAAACGAUAUGAUACGAACACACUGAAUGUAGCUCACAGCUUUUGCAUCAGCAAGUAGUUUAGAAUUUUUUUUGACAGGUGAUGUUCG